CUCACCUCAACAUUUCCCGUCCACUCAUAACUGCUGACUCAUCUGGAUUCUGCGGGGAUCGAUCACCUUCGAUUGAUCAAACCACAUCUUUUCCACUGCACAGGAACAGGCAUAAAAUCGAACAUCAAUUGAUGAAGAUGGACAAUCCAACGUGCCGUCCCGACACCAGGGCUGUGUGGAUCACGACUGAAAGCUCACCCGAGCUCAUCAAUUCCAUUCCUGAGCUGACCUCCAAGGGUCUCAGGUCCCAAGAGGGGUAGCUGAAUAGUACUUAUCUGGAUACUUAUACUCAUGAAUCGGCCAGAACUCCCAUGACCGUGCAGCAUCAUUCCUCCAUUGCUUCUAUCAUCAAUCAUCCCAUCGAGUUGAAACUCACUCCACAUCCACUAUCCGCUAAACAGAACGGAUAGAAUCUCUAGCACAUCCAGUCACCAUCUACUUCACUCACAACAGUGGAGAUCACCGCGCAGCCCCACACAUCCGACAUCCGAGGCGUUGUUUCUUCGUUUGUUCCUUCGUUUGUUCUUUCCAGCUGACAAAACAUCGUCACGGAAACAAAAAGGGGAUAUUCCCGUCGUCGUUUACAGCACAAACCAGUGUGCGCACAACACACCGGCGCGCACCACAUAGCACCUAACACCACUGCACAACACAGCAAACAUGGCUCUCGAACUAAAAGAAAAGGGCAACCAGCUCUUCAAAGAAGGCGAUUACAAUGGCGCCGAGGAGAUGUAUUCACAAGCAAUCCUCAAGAACCCUAAAGAACCCACCUUCUUCUCCAACCGUGCCCUCACCCGCAUCCGUCUCGAAAACUGGGCCGGAGUUGAGCACGACGCCCGCGCCGCCAUCGAUCUGUACGGCGCCAAAUCUCCUACUAGUUUGAAAUCCUCCUGGUAUCUGGCACAAGCGCUGUUGGGCUUGCAACGACCUCAGGAAGCGUACGAUGUAGCCAUUGAAGGGUAUAAGGCGAGUCUGGCGGCGAAGAACAUCCAGACGGAGAAUUUGUCGCGGACGGUGCUGCGCGCUAAGCAGGCAAUUUGGGCGGCCAAGGAGACGGCGCGGAUAAGGGAGUUGGAUGAGACGUUAGCGAGUGUGGAGGGGCUGAUUGAGGCGGAGAUGGAGAGGGGGUUGACGGAGUUGAAGGGGCGGCUGGAGAAGGGCGAGAUUGGGGAGAUUGGGUUUAGGGAGGAUGAGAGGGAGAUUAGAGAGGAUGCUGAGCGGAAGGUGCAGAGGGUGAGGGAGGCGUUUGCGAUUGCGUCGGAGGGGAAGGUGGUUGAGAGAGUUGUGCCUGAUUAUCUGGUGGAUGGAAUUACGUUUGAGAUUAUGCAUGACCCUGUUAUCACUCCAUCCGGGACCAGCUUUGACCGGGUUGGCAUCACCAAGUACGUGGAGCAGGCCAAGGUUGACCCCAUCACACGAGUGCCGAUGACGGUGAACGAUCUUCGGCCGAAUUAUGCGUUGAAGGCGGCGUGCGAGGAGUUCCUGGACAAGAAUGGCUGGGCAGUGGAUUGGUGAUUAAUUGCACAAUUAGUAUGAUUAGCAUGGCGUUGGUAGUAGACUACUUGAUACCAUUAACAGGACAUAUGCUUGUAUACUACAUUCAGAGUAAUACAAUGUAUACUAGUUACACUUUACAUUUCAUAUGAGAGAAAAUAUAUUAUUAAAGUGCC